AUGGCAGCUUUCUGUCGUUGCCACGAGCGUGUGAGAGAAGCGCAGCGUGUGGUUGUGUUUGCACGUCGCCAACAUUUGCCCGUGGAGGGAACCAUGGCCGCUGGAACUAGUGUUUAUGAUUCUCGAGCCCGGGAAAGAUUGCGCCAGAUUGAAGAACAGAAAGCACUGGCACUGCAGCUUCAAAACCAGAGAUUGCAGGAGCAGGAACAUGCAGUACUUGAUUCCAUAGAACUGCACCUUCAUCUCAAUGAUGAGAUCAUCAAUUUCUACAUGAAUAUGCUGAUGGAGCACAGUAAAGAGAAGGGAUUUCCAAGUGUACAUGUGUUUAAUACCUCUUUCUUCACUAAGCUAAAAACAGCUGGUCAUCAGGCGGUGAAACGUUGGACAAAGAAAGUGGAUGUGUUUUCUGUUGACCUUCUUCUGGUGCCCAUUCACUUGGGUGUGCACUGGUGUCUAGCUGUCAUAGACUUUAGAAAGAAGAGUGUCACCUACUAUGAUUCUAUGGGUGGAAUAAACAAUGAAGCCUGCAGGAUCCUCCUGCAAUACCUAAAGCAAGAAAGUGUUGACAAGAAAAGGAAAGAGUUUGACACCAAUGGCUGGCAGCUCUUCAGCAAGAAGAGCCAGGAAAUUCCGCAGCAAAUGAAUGGAAGUGACUGUGGGAUGUUUGCUUGCAGAUAUGCUGACUGUAUUACCAAAGACAGACUGAUCAACUUCACACAGCAACACAUGCCGUAUUUCCGGAAGUGA